UGAACAUGAGGGCAAACGAAGCAUCCGUGCAUCAAUCCUUUGCUUCUUUCCCUUGUCAAUACACAUCAAUCGAAGCGACAUGUCAGACUGUCCACACGUAUCGUCGGCAUCACUGAGUCCGCCACGCGCCAACCAGUCCGUGUACCGAGAAGACUGCACCCUCUGCUUCGACAGCAUCGAUUCACCCGAGGGCCUCGACGUUUGCCUGCAUUGCUUCAACGGAGGAUGUGCCACCGACCGUCAGCAUGGCGCAAAACAUGCCAAAGAUGCCAAACACCCUCUGGCCCUCAACAUCAAGCGCACACGCAAGCAAAAGCACAGAGAUGAGCCGCCACAAAAGAUGUCUAAGCUGGCAAUCAAUGCAGAGACCGAGGAAGACCGCUUCGACACCGUGUCGACUGUCAAGUGCUUCGAAUGUGGAAGCAAUGACAUGGACAAGAGGCAGGGAAAUCUAGCAGCUGUGGUGGAUGGUGUGCUCAAGGCAAACACUUUCGCAAAGCAAGAGGAGGUCAAGGCAUGGGAGCAGGAGAUGAUUCCGUGCGAGCACACGCUAUGUCUGGAACAAGGAGCUGCUCGCCAAAUCCAUUCGCAGUCAUUAGGUCACUGUUCGCAGUGCGAUCUGAACCAAAAUCUCUGGCUCUGUUUGACUUGCGGCAACUUGGGUUGCGGUAGAGCUCAAUUUGGUGGUGUUGGUGGCAACUCUCACGGUGUCGCACAUACUGAUUCUACAGGACAUCCUGUUGCCGUGAAGCUGGGAUCCUUGACCGCUGAUGGUAGCGCUGACAUCUACUGCUACGCCUGCAACGAAGAACGUACCGAUCCCGAACUUGUCGCUCACUUGGCUCACUGGGGUAUUGAUAUCGCUGGCCGUGAAAAGACGGAAAAGAGCUUGACAGAGAUGCAACUCGAACAAAAUCUGCGCUGGGAGUUCAGCAUGACAAACGAGGACGGCAAGGAACUCAAGCCCAUGUGUGGUCCUGGUCUCACUGGUCUGAAGAACCUGGGAAACAGCUGCUACCUUGCCAGUGUUGUCCAGAGUCUAUUCGCCAUGCCCGAGUUCGCUCAGCGAUACUACAGACCGGAUGAGAAGUUGCCGCCUUCAUCAAAUCCUGCCGAGGAUCUGGAGAUCCAACUGCGCAAGAUGGCAGACGGUCUACUCUCUGGACGUUACGCCAUUCCCAACUCAGAUGUCAUUUCCUCGGAAGACACAGCAGAACAACCACAUCAGAAGGGUGUGGCUCCUGCCAUGCUCAAGCAUCUUAUUGGCAGAGGCCACGAAGAGUUCUCCACCAUGCGUCAGCAAGACGCCUUUGAGUUUUUGCUUCAUCUCCUAAAGGUCGUCUCUCGUUCGCAACACGCCGCAAAGGAGCACUAUAAGGAUGUAUCAGACCCCGUUGACGCCUUCAGAUUCGUCAUGGAACAGAAGUUACAAUGUCUGAACUGCAAUAAAGUGCGCUAUCGUCAAGAUGAGGUCGAGAACAUUUCUGUCGCGGUACCCAUCAAACGCUUGCCCAAGGACACUAAGAUGGAAGGUGUGACUCCUGGUCCCGACGGCGCCGUGGAGAAGGAGACUGAGGAGUUCGAGUCUGUGACUCUUCAGCGUUGUCUUGACGACUUCACUGCUGCUGAGAUCGUCGAGCUAAACUGCGGUGCUUGUGGUGGCAAGAAUUUCAGCAAGCAAUCUCUCUUCAAGACAUUCCCCUCCGUCCUAGCGGUUAACGCUCGUCGAUUCGAGAUCGUCAACUGGGUCCCUACCAAGCAGGAUGUCCCUGUCAUUGUCGAUGAGGGCACCAUUGACUUUGAAGCUUACCGCAGCAAGGGUCAACAGCCUGGCGAAGAACUUUUGCCCGAGGAUGCAGCAGGUGCAGGCGCCAGCUCAAAGGCUUUCGCCCCGAAUGAAGCUGCUCUCAGUAUGCUCGAAGCCAUGGGCUUCCCUAGAGUUAGAUGCGAGAAAGCACUUCAUGCUACUGGUAACACAGAUGCGGAGACUGCCAGCUUAUGGUUGUUCGAACAUAUGGAGGACCAUGAUAUCGACGAGCCCAUGGACCUAUCUGGAGGCGGAUCUGGCGCUGGUUCAAGUAGUGCAAUCGACCCUGAGAAGGUUGAGAUGCUUGGAAACAUGGGCUUCGAGCCACCGCAAGCACGUCAAGCACUGAAGGAGACUGGUGGUGAUAUGGAGCGUGCAGUGGAAUGGCUGUUCAACCAUCCCGAGGCGACCGGUGACUUCGGUGAAGAGCAACAGGAUGCCGGUGAACAGAAGCCCGAGAGCAAGCCGGUAGAGGAAGACAACAAGCCUGCCAACUUCAAGCUUCAGUCCAUCGUCUGUCACAAAGGCAGUUCGAUUCACGCUGGUCACUACGUUGCUUUCAUCCGUAAGGAUUCAGGCUGGAUUUUGUUCAACGACGAGAAGGUCGCUCUGGGAGGAGAUGUCGAGGAGAUGUCGAAGUUUGCUUACGUCUACUUCUUCCGUAGAGAAGCUGCAUAGACUGCGAAUAACUUUGAGCCCGAGUCUGACUGCUAUUGCUCGUAGCUAGUAUAAUAAUUUGGAAUCGUUGGUAGAUAGAUUUCCUGGCAUUGUUAAGCGCCAUGAAGACCAAAGUCACAUUAGAUCAAAUCUUGGUAGAGCUGAUAUUAACGAUCCGUGACUGGAAUCAAGACCGAAGACGGAAGCAAUCUCAUUUGGAGAAAAUCGAUUCCACAGGUUAGAUGCGAGGUCGCUUUUCCACACACACUGCACCAUGCACUGCGGCAAAGACAUCCCACGUACACCUCCCUUGCCCUCAUCGCCGCAAAUAGCGACCCAAUUGAUUGACUUUCCCGUUGCUCUUCUUGUGGCCUUGGCUCAGUUGUCUCCACGACGAGAUUUUGCGCAACUUUGCUCGAUCUGCAUCUCAUCAAUUUUCGGCAUUUCCGUGAUGCAUCCACGGACGGC